UUUUGUUGAUUAGCGACAGCGCUAUCUAAUUGUUUUUUAGAAGAAAGACAAGGCGGACGUAGGAAUUAUUGAGAUUGAACGACGAUCCAGAUUUAAACUUUUGUUCUCUAACGUUUCUAUUAAAAGCCAACUGUGAGUCGAUUAUAUACCGCGGAAGUCAUCAUGUCACGUUCCGGUAUCUUCGUUCUGGUGCUGUGGUCGCUAAUGACGUGUUCCUUCGGAUUUACGAUGAAUCGUUCAGUAGCGCACGUGCCGUCUACAUGGGACACGGCACCGUCCCUGGACACUUACCAGAGAGUAUUUGUCGACCCUACGUUGAAGGGCAAGAUGCAAGUGACGGGCACGGACAGGAUUUUGCAAACUGAAGAUGCGAAAAUAUUGGAAAAUAUGUUGGAAAAUCAGACGCGCGAGAAGAAAUCAACAACCGAGAAUACCGGGGCCGAGCUCAUCAAGAUGAAACCCAUCGAAAUAGCAUCGGCAACGAGGAACGCUUCUGAUUCCUCUGAAGAAAACGCUAAUGCCAUUAUUACUCCUCGAAACGUCAUUUUGCUUUUGAUCGAUGAAAGGGGCCAGGAUGAGAAAAGAGAGGAAGAUUCGUGGAGAGAUUACACAGAAAGACUGCCCUUUGCAAUUGAUGGAUUUCUUGAAAGUUGCCAUGACAAGAUCAAAAACGCUAAUUUCUCCAUGGUGAAUGGAUCUGUUUCUGAAGAUAAAGAGAAAAGCUGCAAUUGCGAGCGUGUCCUUCGCUCGAAAAUCGAAGAUUUAUUAACCUGGGCGAGACAAACGAGAGGAAUGAUAAUAGGCGCAGUUUCCAGCAGCAAUUUCUCGAUCCCAUUUCAUCCUAGAUACGAAUUUAGUGGAUCCAAUGAAAGUAACGUAAAGGAGGAACUACAUAAAAGCAAACGCGAUUUCAAUGACGGUUGGAAAGUGAUCGAUUUUAGCAACCGGGCAAAAGAAAAUUCUGUUUCUCCUUUGAUUACGGCAGAUUCUAAAACAGGGGAAGAUAUGAAUUAUGACGUUCCGUGGGACAUUUUCGACGUGUUCUCUAAAAUAAGAAUGGCUUUCUUCCGUUCUCUGCUCGAAUCGUUGCACAGGAACGGCGGCGCGUUCAAGGAUGAACUUUCAUCGCGCAAAUCGUUCUCUCUCAAACCAACUGCAACCGAUUUGAUCGCGACUACUCUCAGGGAGCUGAAAUCUGAAUUUCCAAACGAUAAGGGUUACAUGUUAAUCGCCGUCGCGCCGAAAAGCGAGGCAGCCGCCGCCGUCGAACUUCUUCAGCGCGAAGCCUCUGAGAAGGACACUCUGCUGAUUGUUACGCAAAUCUGUGUCGGAGACCAAAGAUCCGUUCCAUUUGCUGCGCAAGGACCGAGCUUUCAAAUUAUUCGAGAAGCAAAAGUUAUCGAUGAUCUACCAAUUGCGAUAAAAAAGGCAAUAAUUGCAAGUGAUUGUCGUGAUACCGGAUGCAAUCGACAAAAGCGCGACGUUUUGAUUGUCUCACGGGUGCCGACCGACGGGAUCUCUUCGCAAGAAAUGCCAUCGCGUAAUCGAGUUAUCAGAAACAAAAACGCUGAAAAACUGAGCACCAUAAAUUCUGAAGAAACAACUACUAAGAUAGAGAUACAAGCCAGCAGUUCGGCCUCAAUGAAGACUUGUGGCCUCGCUACAGUGUUCGGUGUCAUGAUCACGAUCUUCGCCAAGGCCACAUUUUCUUAAAUGUAGAAGACAUAAUAUUUUUCGUAUUUUGUGUAACAUUUUUGUACUUCUAUAUUUCUUUUUUUCGCUUACUCCUCCUAUUUGCAUUUUACACAAUUUAUAGAUGCGAAAAAACGGGAGCUCACGAUGAUUUUGAUAAGAUUUUCUUUAAAGAGAACAUUGUAAGAGAGAAUAUUCGGCGAAUAACGUAAUGCUCGGAGAAAAAAGAUUAUAAUAUUACGUGAUUACAAAUAUUAUAGCAUCGAUCAAAUUUGUGAAUAAACUUCGACGAAUAAAUUGUGGAUACACGAUC